GCAGGGCCUAAUUGCGCUCAGUAACUGAUUUUGUGUGCGACCCGAACGCACGGUCGAGUUUUGCGCCCCCUGGGUAGUGUUCGGUUGUUCGCGGUGUGCGGUGGCCAUUUUCGCCUAACAUUCCUCUCAACAAAAAAACAAAACCAGUGCUUUGUGUUGGUGUUUUGUGCGCGUGUGUGUGUGUGUGUGUCGGAAACUGUGUGACGUGUCUCGGUGUGUGUUUGUGUUUAGUGACGCCAUCACACGUAGCAGUGCGUUCUGUGAGCUGAACGAACUACCUCCUCCAGCCAUCAUCAUCUGUCAAACUGCCCGGCACGUGCCUGACGCCCCAAAACUCAUCAUCCAAACACUUUAGUAUCGUGCCACAAUGAUUGGAUUGAAGUUGCUCACCGUCGCCGCCUGCUUGGCGGGUGUGAUCCUCGCGCAGGACUAUCAGGAGUUCCGGCAGGCCCCACUCCGCAUCGGUACCAAGGCGGAGGAGCCGAAGCCAACGCCGGUACCGAUAUUGAAGCAGAUCAACAGACACAACGAGGACGGUUCGUACACGUACGGUUACGAGGGUGCGGACGGGUCGUUCAAGAUCGAGACGAAGCUGGCGACCGGCGAGGUGAAGGGCAAGUACGGGUACGUCGACGAAACCGGCAAGGUGAAGGUGGUCGAGUACGGCGCGAACAAGUACGGCUUCCAGCCGUCCGGCGAGGGCAUCACCGUGCCGCCGCCGACGCUCGUCGACGAAACGACCGGCAAGGACGAUCUGCUCGAGGACGACGAUGGCAAUGUGCCGGUAGCGCCGCGCCUGCAGAAGCACCGACCCGCCUCGAGGCCCCGCUUCCAGGAGGUGCCGAUCCAGCAGCACCAGCCGCAGCAGCACCAUCAGCCACAGCGUCACCAUCAGCAGCCCCAGCAGCAGCAGCACCACCACCAGCCGCAGCAGCCCCAGCCCCAGUACUACGACUACGAUGAGCAGCCGGCAGCCCCUCUGCCCCAGCCCAAGUACCAGCCUGCCCCGCAGUACGUGCAGCGCUCCCACUUUGGCAGUGCGGCCGCCGCGGCCCCCUCGGUCGGUCCGGCACCGCCCCGCCCCGCCCAGAUCCCGAACGCCGUCCCGGUGGACGUAGUGUACGCGCCCAAGCAGCUGCCCGCCCGCCCCGACGCCGAGUACCGCAACGUCGGGCCGCAAACCUUCCCGGGCGCUGCACCCGCCCCCGAGCCGAAGAUCCGCUACUCCCAGCCGGCGUUCCCGCAGGCUGCCCCCGCCAAAUCUGCCAACCCCGUGCCACUGCAGCCUGCCUUCCCGCAGCCCCGACCCCAGCCGGCCGUCUAUCAACCGCGUCCUGCCCAGGGACGCAGCACGAGCGUGCUCGACCAGCUGGCGAAGGACUACGCCCUGCCGCAGGGUGGCGCUGCCCCGCUGCACGACAUCACCUUCGGCUACUACUGAGUGUGAACGAUCUCCGGAGAGGGGGGGGGGGGCGUCUUGUCACUUCCCCCCCUCCCCCCCUUUCAAAACCAGCCAACACCACCAUCUUCAUCCGACCACAGGCCAACCAAACACAUCCGCCGCCCUUCACCUGCCCUAAAUCGCUUGGCACCGCUCGGCACUGUCCCGCCGCGAAUCCACGGCAAAAAAACCCCGAAUGCACCCGCGUACUGUGUGAAGAACUGAUGUCACCGUAGAUGUUAAGGUGAAAAAUAAAGAAAUUGGUCUUACAAAAUA